AUGACCGGCCUCGGCCUCCUCGAUUACAAUAUCCGGUUAAUGAGGACCAUUGGACUCUGGCCUCUAGACAGGCCCUCAAAGCCUCUUCUAGUGGUCAACUAUGUCUACACGACUCUCCUGGUGUCCUCUCUGGCUGUUGUCUCUGUUUGUCAGAUCGUAGAGAUAUUCUUUUCUCCCAACAUCGCUGCCAUGGCUUCUGCCAUAGAUCUAGCCACUCUCACCGCAUCUGCACUAUUUAAGAUGAUAUACAUCCAGUACUACCACCAUCAUUUCCAAAGAUUGGUGGAUAAAGUAGAUGCUACUUUUGUUGAACGAGAUUCCUUCGAUGGAUCGUUCUGCAUAUUCAAUUGGGUGAAAUACUCAAAGAUUGUGAUAAUCGCUUACGUGACCUUAGGUGGCCCAACUCUUUUCGUCGUGGGAGCAAUCUUCCCUUACAUAAUUCCCCAACACUUUCAGAGAUACCAGACCGACGUAGAAGACUACAAAUAUCUGGCUCACCCCUACAGGAAGAGAAUGUUCCCUUUUAACUGUUGGUUCCCGUUCGAUGUCACUUGGUCACCACUUUACGAAAUUGUCUACGUGUUCGAGACUUUGUCUUUGGUGGCCUCGGGACAAAUAUAUCUCGUUAGUGACUCGUUGUUCUUUAUGAUCAUCUAUUUAGUAUGUGGGCAGCUGGAGCUCAUGAAGAGAUCUUACAAAUCAAUGGAAGAUAAUGUGGCACCGAACACAAUGGUACAUUACCUUACAGAAGAUGGCUAUGAGGAUUCUACCGCAAUAUCUCUUAUAUCUCCACAUAUUUUGGGAACCAAAUUAAAUGAAAUGGAAAAAGAAGCAGCUACUAAACGAAAUGUAAAGUCUUACGUUGAUUUUCAUUGCAAACUUAUUGAGAUUAUGAAGGAUCUAGAUACCUUACUUCGGUCGUUGGUGGUGGUAGACUUUAUCCAUGCGGUGGUUUCGCUUAGUUUUGCAACCUUUCAAGCAUUUACAUUAAUUACCUGGCCUGAAACAUUGCAAAUGCUUCUGUUCAUUGCUGUUAGUGUGACUCAUCAGUUCCUGAACAACUUCUUUGCAGAAAUACUCAUACAAAAGCAGCUGAGCGUGGCGGAGGCAGUGUACGGCACACCCUGGAUGGAGAGCACAAGCCUUCACCAGACAUUGGUAUACAUGACUCUGAACCAGGCAAAUCAUCCAACUAGAAUCAGCGGCUGGAAGAUGUAUCACUUGGGACUUAGCACGUUUGUGGACUUUAUGAAACUCUUGGGCUCCUACGCCCUUGUGAUUCAGUCUCUACAAGUCAACGAAGAGGGGUAG